AUGUUUCACACACCCCAUUUCAACUGGUACGGUCGCGGCUUCAAACUCCGCGCCGCCAUAACAAUCGCAUGCCAACUCGCCUUCGUCCUCUUCGGCUACGACCAAGGCGUCUUCAGCGGCAUCGUCGGUAACGAAGACUUCCUGAACACAUUCGACCACCCCUCUCCUGGCCUCGAAGGCAUCAUCGUGUCAAUAUACAAUUUAGGUUGCUUCACGGGAUGUAUCCUCAGCUUCAUGUUUUGCGAGAAGACGGGACGGAGGCUGGCUAUGUGGAUUGCUAUGGUUUGGAUCAUAGUCGGCGGCGCGCUCCAAGCGAGUGCGUACUCGGUGCCGCAUAUGAUGGUCGCAAGAUUCCUGACAGGAAUUGGGACGGGCAUCGAGACAUCAACUGUGCCUAUGUACCAAUCUGAACUCUGCGAGGCGAACAAGCGCGGUCGCCUCGUCGCGUCGGAACCGCUUUUCGUUGGUGUGGGCAUCGAGCUGGCGUACUGGUUCGACUAUGGAAUGUCAUUCACUGAAGGAUCGAUCGCGUGGCGUUUGCCCAUUGCAUGCCAGGUCAUCUUUGCGAUUAUUGUCAUCGUGCUGGUUUUCGGCCUUCCUGAGUCACCCAGAUAUCUGUAUGCGCAUGGCCGACAUGAAGAGGCGCUUCAGAUUCUUUGUGACGUAUACGACGGUACGCCUGAUGAUCCAAAGAUUGAGAAGGAGAACAGAGAGGUGCUUGAGGCUCUACAAGUUGAGCGAGAGCAUGGAGAGUAUAAGUGGUCGCAACUACUCAAGAAAGAUCGUGUGCAGACUGGACGUCGUGUGUUACUUGCCUAUGGCGCGCAAUUCAUGAACCAGAUGGGCGGUAUAAAUUUGGUUGUCUACUACAUCACCUCCGUCCUAGAAGACAACGUCGGCCUCGACAGAAACCUCGCCCUCCUCAUGGGAGGCGUCAUCAACCUAAUGUUCCCCAUCGGCUCUCUGUUCCCGACCUUCACACUGGACCGCACCGGCCGGCGGAAACCCAUGAUGUGGGGCUCUCUCGGGCUCGGAUUCUCCAUGAUGAUGAUAGCCAUCCUCUUGAGCUUCCGGUCCGAAGGAGGCGGCGUGUCACAAGCCACUGCUUCCGCUAGUGUCGCUUUCUUUUUCACGUACAUGCUGGCGUUCGGUAUGACAAUGAACUGCAUUCCUUGGGUCUAUGUACCCGAGAUCCUACCGCUACAUGUACGAGCGAAAGGGACAGCUGUCGGGAUCUCAGCGAACUGGAUUUGGAAUUUCUUCGUCGUCAUGGUCACGCCUACGCUUCUCGAUAGCUUGGCGUGGAAGGGCUACCUUAUCUUCAUGGCACUGAACUUCGCAUUCAUACCGCUAAUCUAUUUCUGCUAUCCUGAGACCGCCAAUCUUACGCUGGAAGAGGUCGACUGGCUAUUUUACGAAGGCGAUGUCGUGAAGCGAAGCCGACGUAUUGCGAAGGAAGGAUGGGAACAAGCGGUUGGCACCGAUCCCGCGGCUAUCGUGGAGACAGGUAGUCUUUCGAGCGGCAACAAAGCUGUACAUACGACAGAGAAGGCAGAGCACACGGUACACUAG